GCACUCCCAUCGAUGGAUGUUGAGCUUCAACUCAAGCCCGCCGGAUUUGCAUCCGACUUUUUCGAUUCCAGGCAUUACAACUUGUAUCGCUCACUGUUACUUCGAUCGCAGUAACGCAGUAAAUUAGGGUUUAGUGGCAUGGCAGAGAGAGACAAUUUAAGCACAGACUGUUCUGCUAACAACCUCGUGUUGGUUUGCGUCGUCUUCAUCACGCUGUGUCUUCGUUCACAUUCUGCAGUACUCUGAAAUGCUCACGGGUUAAUGUUUUGAGGAGAGAUGUGACUGAGUGGUGUCAGUAGAUUUUUUUUUCUUUCACGAGCUCUGGGACGUAGAUCCGGCAUUUGCUAACUUCUCGUCUGCGGGUGUUUCACACAUGGAGGUAAAGGAUUCUGUCGGGGAUUGCUGUACCAGGACUCAACGUGGUUGAUGAAAAUACCAGAGAAAGAAACGGGAAAGAACCAGAAAUAAGUACUCUCGCCACUAUUCGAGAUAUUGAAAAGGGAUUGGAGGCAAAUCUACAAGAGUGCAUGAACUUCCUACAGGUUUUGACAGAGGAUAAUUCAAGAAAGGAAAUCGCAGCUGAGUGGGCUAACAGAGAUGAACGUCAGUUUCCAGAACUUGAAGUGUUCCAUGCCAUGAGGCCGAACACAGCUCCGCCCAAAUCUGCCACGCACCUCCAAGAGCACCUAGUAUUUGUCCGAGGGGUUUCAUGUGAAUUUGAUUGCAGUACGGUGGAGUCUGAGAGUAGCUGCGAUUCGAAUAAGCAUCUUUUUCAGACAGUUUCUAAGAUCGAUUUAGAAGGGGAUAAUGUGCCUUUGAGGAACAAGACCGCACAACAGGUACAUCCGCAUCAUGAUUGCUACGCGGUGAAAACACUGCCCAGUAAUUUGUUACUUGUCGACGAACGCAUCCGAACUUUGUCGACCGAGCCGAUUACUGAAAUCCCCUCCCCGAAGUUAGCGGAUUCGUCCACCGGCAAUCAAAAUGGCAAAGUGAGUGUGUGUGUGCGGAUGAGACCUUUUAACGAACACGAAAAAGUGUGCCCCCUAAAACAGGUAUUGUGCUCUCAAAAGAACAAAGUGGUUGUGAAGGAUUAUAAUUAUCUACGCCAGGGCAACCCCAUGAAUAAAUCCAAAGUGGAGUCUCAGUUUGACGUGGAUAACGCAUUGGACGAUAGCUUUCUACCUCGCGGUAAUCGACAGCGGAAGGAGGAGUCUCAGAGAUGUAUGUUUGAAAUUCUUGGCAGACCUUGUGUGGAAAAUUCACUGGACGGUUUCAAUACUACGAUUAUGACCUACGGGCAAAUGGGAUCUGGCAAGACGUACACGAUAGUGGGAGACGGUACAACUUGCGGCCGAGGUCUAGUGCCUAGGAUUGUGAAUGAGUUGAUGCGUCGUGUUCAAGACGAUCAAAGUAGCGGUGUCCACCUCACCAUUCAGGUGAGCUACCUUGAGAUCUACCAGGAAAAGGUAAGGGACCUAUUGGUUGACAAGAAAGCUGAACACACAGCAGAAGAAUCUGGAGUGAAUUGCAGCUUAAGAUGCACUGAGUUGCCGCUCAUAGAUGGGGGAGGCUCAAGCUUCUUCCUUCAUGGGCAAGUCAAAGACCAAUUGCGGGUUCGGGAGCAUCCUGAAACGGGUACUUAUGUUGAAAGCCCUAGGUGGAAGGUUGUAACAGCCCAUGAGGAGAUGGACAAACUUUUGAAGUUAGGAGCGGCGAAUAGGAUGUUGGGGUCGACAAUUUCGCAUGCUAGGCUAUCCAGUCGUGGUCACACGCUCUUUACGAUCAAGAUUACAAAGACAAAUGAGAAAUCACAACACACGAGCGUGAGCCAUAUUAAUAUGGUGGAUCUUGCAGGUAGCGAGAAGAUGGCCCUUGGUCAGAAGCCUUCAGCUGAAAGAACCUAUGAAUCCAAGUACAUCAAUCGCUCACUUGCGCAGCUCAACGACAUGUUCACGAAUCUGCCGAAUGGUAGGUCGAAUGGGAAAUUUGUUUCUUAUCGAAGCUCCGCCUUGACAAUGCUCCUUCGAGAAUCUCUUUCUGAGAACAGCAAAACUUACUUGGUGGCUAAUAUCUCGCCUGCUGAGCAGGAUUUCCAAGAGAGUAUUCAUACGCUACGGUGUGCAGCAAAAGCCAAGCGUAUUCAUGCCCCACCAAAUCAGGAUCCGGCAACGAAGAAGCAGAUAUUCAUGAAAAUGGAUGAGGAAAUACGCGUGCUUCAGUACCUUAUAUCGGAUUUAACCAAGAAGCCGACGCCGUCAAAAGUUGCUGAACCGUUGAGGGCAGCGAAGGAAACGACAGAUGUAGCAGAGGAGUUUCGUCCGACUGGAGAGACUGAUUGCAGACGCUCGCUUCAAGAGAAGAAAGUACAGGUCUCUUCUAUGCAGCUCAGACUCCCGUCGCGACAACAAAAAGGAAAGCCAAGCUGGGCUCUGAAUGCUAAGGAUAGAUUCGUCGUACAUACAAAAAUUACGUAAAUGAAAACCUUCGAGGACACUUGGUAGCCUAACGGGAACGGUUUAAGAAAGGGAUUUUAUUGGUUGCUAAGAAGUAAUAGAAGUGGUAAUUCCGUUGCAAUUUUGUCCACCAAUGCUAUUUUAUUUAAAGUUUCUUCAGAGGCUUUGCUCGGAUUACUGCCGCUUCUAAACUCAUGCCCAAGCGAGUAAUCUUAGGAAUUUCUUAGUGAUUUCGCUGUGUCUGGUUCUGCAUAACUUAGAGCCCUCAUAUGAAAAUAUUCCUCAGGAUCAUAUUAAGAAUCCCUGUGCCUCAAGUGGGUUUUGAAAGUA